UUUUAGCAUCCGUACCUUUAUAAGAGGUGGCGUCUCUUAUCCGGCGUUCGCUCUGGGUCAAGCCGACGAGAACUCGGUCGCAGUCAUGGGCGGCGGAAGUCGUCCCUCCGAUCAUCUUCCUCCUGAACUGGCAGACGAGGCCGAGACUUCCUCCACCUCGUCCUCGAUCUCUGACUACCAUCCGGACGAUUCACCACUCUCCGUCUCCUCCGGGAUCACGGAAUCCAUCACCGACACCUCGGAAGAGGAAUCCGCCGCUGGGGACAGUCGGCGAUGGUGCAAGGCUUACUUCGACGUCCUGCGGUCUUAUCGCAACUCCGACGAGCGCGCCGGUGUCCUCCGAGACGCCAAAGAUCUUAUCUUGAGGCAUAAGCCCGGAGACUGGAUCGAAGAGGUCGGCGGCACGACGGCCGGCGACUACGAAGUCCCCGACGCCAUAACCCUUCUCCUGGUUGGGCCGAGGGGCUCCGGAAAGAGUACCCUCGUCAAUAGGAUUACAAGGGUCUUUGACGAUGAUUUUUCGGCGCCCGACAGGGCACAGGUGUCCCAUAAUUUGUCAGCGACUGGAGGGACCUGCUUCCUGCAGGAAUACAUGAUUCCGAGGAAAUCAAAGUCGCUUUGCGUUUAUGAUACUCGUAGUUUAUCCACAAACCUACCGCACAACUUUCGAUUGCUCCAACGUUGGAUGACCCGUGGUGUCAGCCAUGGAGAGAUGGUGAUCAGGGAUUCAGAUGAUUUUGUAACGAGGAAGAACAUAAAGUCUAUGAGACGACAAGGCCUAUUGAGCCCGUGCAAGAGGAGGAUAGUGAACUUUGUCAUAUUUGUUGUUGAUGGAUUGUCUGUUUUGAAAUCGAUGGAUGCGAAGGAUGACCAGUACAAUGAAAUUCUUUUUGAAACAUUCAAUUAUCCAUUCUUGUCAUUUAAAGAUAACAAGCCAGCUGUUGUGGUCACCCAUGGAGAUGAAUUGUCACUUAGUGAGCGUGCUAUUAUCCGUACUCGUUUGGGCGAGCUGUUGGGAAUUCCUCCGAUUAAACAAAUCUUUGACAUCCCAGGCACAAGUGAGUUUGACACUGAGUUGGCCAUAGUGGACAUGUUGCGUUAUUCCAUUGAACAUGCUGACAGGAACCUUGCUUUUAAUCAGAGUUACUUAUUUGAGGGCCAGAGGAUCUUUCACUGGAUAAUGGAGAGGCUACAGGAUUAUGAUGUGAUAUUAGAAGUUGUCAUCAUCUCCUUGUGCAUCAUCAUACUUUGUUUGCGUGGAAUUGAAAAUCUCAUAUGAUGCCAGCAUCCUUGUUGCCAAUUCUAUGACACAUCUUUUGGUAUCAAAGUCCCUGUGUACAUAAAUUUUUUCCUAGUUUUUAUACGCACAAUAAAAGGAGAGACUUUUUAUAUGUGAGAUUUUGUCAAAUCUCUCAGUUACAAGUCUUAUUAUCCAAAUAUGUUUAACAGACAUCGUAAAGUCUCUGGAGUCAUAUUAUAGCAUCUGAUUAAUUAGUCAUUGAGGAAUGUUAAAUUCGAAAACUUGUGGAUCUUUUUCCAUGCACACA